GAAUGUGACGUGCGCGAGCAGCGCGACGGACGGUCACGUCGUCACGUUUUUUUUUCUUCACGCGGCCUUUAUUAGUUUGCGGGGCCCUACGCAACGUGCGUAGUGUGCGUAUUGGGUGAACCGGUACUGGCGGUUGGUUAGCUCGCAAACAGUUUAACGGGUCAUGUUCGCCCUGUGCUCCGGUGUGGAUGCUUUAGUGUGCCGCGGCCUUACUCCGACCCUCGGGGGCAGAAACAACGGACGGUUAGCGCCCCUCCACCAGCUCCACAACAUGACUCACCCACAGUGAGCUAGCUGGCUUCUUGGCUAAGUUAGCCUGCCCGUUAGCGGCUAACUGAUGCUAAGAGCAGCGUCCAUCACGCCCCGGCCGCUGAAGCCAUGUCCGUCCCAUGGAGCUGAAGUGUUGCUCGGCUUGCCCAAGAUGACGAGCCGCCUGAGCCCGUUUUUGUGCCUCUGUCAGCAGAGGGCGGAACAUGGAACCCGAGGAAGUGUGGACCAAAGACCCGAGUGCACACAAACUGCUGGAUAAAAAGGUGCUCUGCAAGCAGAAUGGAAGAAUUGGUAUAGUGAGAACUCUCCACAGCCUGUUGAAAACCCACAACACACUGCAGAUUCAGUGCAUCAACCGGUCAGAAUGUGCUGGCUCCUGUCCAAAUCUGAUGAUGAGUAGGAGCGAGCACGCCGACGUGAGGCCCGCCCCUGUGGCCCUCACCCCCCAGCUUCCCCCCAGAGCUCACCGGCCCCUCUGCAUGUCGGUCUCCUCCGACAGCAGCGGACGCUUUAAAGCUCUGGAGACGCAGGAGUGGAAGAACAACCUCAAAGCUCAGAUGGAGCAGGCCCACAGUGCAGGGGCUGCCAGCAGCACAGGAUCUCUUGAGCGAGCGUCCCUGUUCUGCGCUUCUGCUUCCACCACAGCAUCCAACUCAGGCCUGUCCAGCCCAGUGGAGAUCCUCAACAAGAGCAAAUCCUCCAGCCGCUUCUCCCUCUUCUCUCCGCCCUGGAACAGCAGUUCUGAGUCUGACUCCAACCCUCCGUCCCGCUCAGGCUCCAAGAAGCUGCGUAACUACAGUAGAAGAGCUGCCACGGGCCCGGCUGGCGCCAGGGGCCCUGAUACACCUGAGCCCAAACCCAGCGGCCCCGAACACUUCCAGUACUCUGAACCUGUCAUCUCCAAAGUAACGGACUACAUCUAUGUGGGCAACCUCAACGCGGCGUACAACGGGCGCACCCUGUGUAGAAACAACAUCGACAGCAUCAUCGAUAUGAGCAGCGUGCCGGGAGAACCGGGCCCCGGCCUCAACCUCAUACCGUGCACCUGCUCCCGUGGCGCCCGCCACAGCUGGUCCCGCCUCAAGGUGGACAUCGGAGAUGUGCUGGAUGAUCUGGGAGACGGCCCAGCCAUGAAGCAGUGCUGCUUCGAGGACAUCAACGAGUGCAUCGACGCCUCCACGGAGAAGAGGAAGCGCGUCCUGGUCCACUGUCGAGACGGUUUCUCUCUGGCGCCGACAUGCAUCAUCCAGUACCUGAUGGUGAAGCAGAACAUGAGGCUGAUCACCGCUUACGAGCUGCUGAGGGCCAAGUACCCAGUCAACAUCAGGGAGUGCCACCAAAAUGUGCUGGUGAGCCUGGAGAGGGUGCUGCGGCCCGGAGGCAACGUUGACCCUGAGUGCUUCAAACAGGCCAUCUCACGCAAAGUGGCAUGGACCUGACUCCGUUUCCCCACAUGCUUGGCUGCUGCUCAAGACUCUUUAUUCCUCCACCCUCCCUUUAGAUAUUUUCCAAAAGCCACCAAGGGCAGCUGUACUUUCCCCUGUAGACUGGUCAUCUGGAUAUUAUUGUCUGCACUUGAGUUCAGUGGUUGUAACAGUUAUGAAUUUGAUGUAUUUCUUCUUCAAACCUGUAAAUGUGACCUGGCUGUGAUGCCCCCUCCUCCUGCUCUCAAAACAGGAGACCCACCGUAGACUUUGCUGUAAUAUACACAGACUCUUGGUAUAACAAUGUAAUAGUGUUUGCUGUAUAGUUGAUAUAGUCCUGCUUCAGUUCUGUGCUAUGCUGUCAUGGUGGUGUUUUAUAUCAGGGGAAUUUCUUAACGGGAGAUCUCAGGAGAUUAUUGAUGUCAUUCCAGUACAGAGUGGGAAAUUACUCAUUAGGUUAGUCUGCGACUCCGUCCACACCUGGCAUUAAAAUGCAUCCUGGUUAUCAGUGUGUGUAGCACAUAAGCUUCGUGCAAUAUAUCCAAGAGGGUUGGAAGGGCCACUGUCAGUCUAGGUUAUACACAGAAUGAUUUUCAGCUCAUUCUUCGGCUGUCUGGCCUUAACUUUAAUGUUUUGGUUCAGAACGUGAUCCGCUCAGACACAGCUAAAGACUAGCUGGUGAACAUAGUGAAGCAAUUAGCAGCUAAAGAGACGGAUACUUCUCUCAGUUUGUAGAAACCAAAAACAGGGUGAAUAUUGGACUUACAUUCAUCAAAGGAGGCAUGUAUGUAUUUUAGAUUUUAUUACUGUUGCUAAUAUACAGGGUAUUCAUCCUAUUAGCCAUCCUUAAUAAAUCAAGAGAAACAAGUUGAGAUGCUAAAUAACCAAGACAAGUUUUUUUUAAGUGAGCCUUUUGGACUUUUCUUCAAAGACAAUUUUUACUGUGUCUCCAUGUGCAAACAAAACAGGGACAGGGCACCCCUAAUGGUCAAAAACACCACAGAGUACCUUGAGUUUGUACCUGCGGUGAGUUCUCAAGCCUGCUAAUCUUGCUCUCUGGCUUUAUUGGUGCGGUUUCACUUGUGAAAUUGGAGAAAAAAAAACACCCCACUUGCAGCCACUGGAGAUGCGUUUUAGGAAUAUAUCUGAUGCCAGGUGUGAACUGCAAUCAGUUUCACACAGAUUACGACACAAUCUGCAAAGAUCUGACAAGGAAGUUGACCAUUCGUUUGGAGCUUUUGUUUUUCCUCCUAAAAAUCAAUUUUGCUGGUGAAAUGGUUGUUUGGAUGUACUGGCUUUUGUAGGAGUUUAAUUUUCCUGUUAAAACUGCAGCUCAAAGUUGCUGCUGAUACUCUGAAGACUGGAGGACGUACGCGUGAUUUGUCACCACUGACUGGAUUGCAUUACUUAUAAAUGUGCUUCUAUUGCAAGAGGGAAAUUUGCACACGGACACACGUUUUAAAUCUGAACUGCCUCUGUUCUUUUACCUUUUUUUAUUUUUGCGUUUUCCAAGGUCAUACUUGAUGGAAGAUGAACAGCCCGACCUGUCCUCUGUGAGGAAGACUGUAGCCCCAUUUCCAGCCACAGUUUUGGUUAAAUCUCUUCGGUGGUGCUCACACUGUGGCGUAAAUUUGAACCGUAGUGUAUUAAGCUGGGUGAUGUGCAUCUCUGUGAAUCAUCAGUAUUGUUGUAUCGGUGCCACUAAACUGCAAUCCAGGGUUUACACUGCAAGGGAGGAUUUUGCACUACUCACAGGGUUGUCCAAAAUGCAAAUUAUUGCCUUUUUGUUUUAAUAGAGUUUGAAUUAUUGUUAUUUUUGGAGUGUGGCUGAUGACAUUUCACAUAUGAGGGGGAUGUUUACAUGCUCAUUAAAACAUCCUGGUUAAGGUAAUGGUUCAAUUAAAGUGUUUACAUUGUUCACACUAUUUUAUUUUCUCUGAUAAGUUUACAUUAUUUUAUUAUCUUUUAUUGUUUUCAAUCUUUUAACAUUUACCAUCAAUUUCGACAUGAUCCUUUUCAAAUAUCUUAAAUAAUAUUUUUUCAACUACUGUUCACAGAACCCAUUUUGCAACCUUACUGUAGAAAAUAUAACGUUUAAAUCAGUGAUUGUAUAAUCGAAAACAUAACAAUUUCAACAGUCCCAACUGUAGCUAUUGAUUGUUAUUUUAAUGACUUCAUUAGUCUGUAAAAUGAUGAUGGUGAAAAAUGCCCCUCACAGUUUCAAGUGAUGUGUUCAAGGGUCUAGUAAUGUAAUGCCAAAAGUCUGAACCUCUAAAAUAUUUAACUUAGUUGAUCUUGAACAGGAAAUCAGCCAAUCCUUUGGUAUGUCUGCUUUAAUAAAUCACUUGAAAGAUUAAUUAAUAGUCUAUUGACUAAAUAAUAAUAAUAGAUGAACUAUUAGUUUCAGCAGUAGUGCCAUCAUUCGAUACAUGACAGAUAAUUCAGUCAUUACAGAGAAAAGUAUUGAGGUUAAAUAUUUUCCCUGUAUUUACUUACCCACCUAACCUAGUUUUAUUUUUAUUUUAUUUUUCCUUUUCAUUUAAUCUGAUGAUCUAAAACCAGCUGUUUGAGGACGUCAGGUUUAUUUUCACAUCCGAUUAUCUGAACUCUGCAGCAUUUCUUCCUCUGCUUAAUUUCUGUUUGUCCAGGUGAGCACAAUGUCACUGAUGGUACCAAAUAAUGGAAGUGAGACAAUGGGCAGCAUGAUUCUGGAUGUGAAGAGGAUCAGUGUUUUCACUAUAUUUUUCCUCAGUUUCCACAGUUGGAAGGUAAAUCCCCUUUUAAAUGACAACUUGGAUGCUGUUAUUAGCUGCUGGUCAGGUUAGCUUCAUGAGCUUGUUCUCUAAUUUACGGGAGGGUUUUAAGGAGAGCUUCAUUGUAUGCAUCCAGCUCCCUGCAAUUUAUGAUAUGGCCUCAUUAUGCAAAGGAAAUUGCAUAGAGGUAAAUGCAAUUUGAAUACUCUGGAACAUGUGGUGCUGAGAAGCCUGAAGUCCAUUUAGAUGACAGUCAGAAUAAUCCAAACCAGUUAUAGGAAGCAAUCCAAUGGUUCAGGCUAGCCAUUAUACAUGUCAGGCAAGCUAAUGACUUAGUUUAGCAGUUAGUUUGGAUCGAACUAGCUAACAAUUCAGUUGAGCAUCUAAAAGUUUUGUUCUGAUAACAGGGUUCGUACGGGUGCUUGAAAUCCUUGAAAAUGCUUGAAUUUAAAUGUAUUUUCAAGGUUCAAGAAGUGCUUGGAUUUUGGAUAAAGUGGUUGUAAAUGCUUGAAAUACUUACUGUAUUUCUCUUGCAGUCUGACUAUAGAUAAUCACAUGUUCAAUGUAAAAAUAAUGAGUAGCCUAUCUGAAAUGAAGACUGUUCCUCCUAAAAGUGUUAUACCAUCGCUGUUGGUAUGGUUAAGUGAAAUCUCCCCCUUUUAGUAUGUAAGUACUCAUCUAAAACAUGCAAUUUACAACAGGUGUAAGAUACUGGAAAAGCUUGAAAAUGGACCCUAAAAGUCCUUGAAAAAUGCUUGAAUUUGACCACUGCUAAAGGGUACGAACCCUGUGAUUAGCUCACGGUUUAGCAUCUAAAAGUUUUGUUCUGAUUAUCUAAUGGUUCAUUUAAGCGACUAGAAGUUUAGUUCUGGUUAGCCAGUUGUUAAGCAGCUCCGGAGUAAUGAACAACAGUUUGGACCACAUGAGCUGGAAACUAUCCUAUGCAAUCACAACUGUAAUCUAAUUCUACAAAUACUAUACAACUACUAAUGUUAGUGUAGCUUAAUCUUCAUCUACUGUGCAGAAAUAUCAGAUUUAAAGAAAACUUACAGACAUGCUAAUAGAUUUUUUCACAAGCCAAAGUCAAAUAUCAACAUUAUGAAUUUCGCUUUGACUUAUUUAAUCCUAUUGAGUCCUACAAUUUAAUAACAAAAAAAGUUCUGGAAGGCUGAUGAUAAAGUUGAGCAGUUUAAAAUUAGAUAAAUUAUCCAGUAAUAGCUACGUUAAGCAGCUGAGUUUGGUUAAUGGGUAGCUAACAGUUCAUUAUAGUGGCUUAAAGUUAGAAUUUGGUUCAGUUAAUAGUUUAAGAUAUUUUCAACGCAAACCUGAGCCAGACGCAUAUUACUCCACUGUUUUUCUCCUGAACUGAACUAUUUCAGUAAAAUCAAUUAAACAAUUUGGAAGACAAGGAUUUUAAUGUGUGACAAAACCAGACCACAAAGAUCACGCAAAUGUUGAAAUGAUUUCCUAAAAGGACAAACGGUAUAAUACAGUUAUUUAAAUUACAUUUUCAUUUGUAUGUUUUUUUAGUUCAUGGGCAGCCUCAGUGAGAAUCAGUUGUACAGGACAUUUGUAACAUUGGUGACAUUAAGCCCAGCAGCACAGUUGAGUCAUCCUGUGAGCGCUGUGGUAUCGGAGUGGAAACUAAAAGUAUGGUGCCUUCAUUUGGACUUGUCUUGUGACCGUACGGUGACAUUUGCACACUUUGUAUGACUUUAACUUAUCUCAAUAUGUAUGGAAAUGUUGAAUAUUUUUGAUGUUUCAUUUUGAGCAAAAAAAGUAUGAACAUGACAUUUGUGCAAAGUGGUUGUUGCUGUAAUAUAUUUGCUAUGUCAUAGUGUACAGUACCGGUGUUUCACUAAUACAGCUGUUGAUAAGACUGAAAAAGAGGAUAUAUCUCUCUACAUAUGUUCAUACGUGGCACUGUAGUAGACAAAGUAUCAGCAUAUUUUGGUUUAUCUUUUGUUGUAAAAAGUCAGUCGUUAUAUCCAGCUCAAUAGGUUUUCUAACUCGUUCUC